AGGAAAAACCACCGAGAAUUGACCUAAGACAUAAAUAUCAACAUGAAACUCAUAAUAUUAUUGUUGUUAGUGUGUUUGGCUGUUGUUUGCUUGGCCGAUAAGGAAAAUAAGAAAAAUGAGAAGGGUAAAAUCAAAUUUGGAAAGAAAGUUGUCAAGGCAGCUUCCAAAGUGAAAGACGAAGAAGAAGAUGGAAAAGUUGAAGUGGACACUGAUGAAAAACCAACGGAAAAGAAAGAAAAGAAAGCAAAAGCACAAGAAGCAGAUGAAAGCGAUGAAACAGAAGAAGAGGGAGAGGAAGAAGAGGAGGAAGAAGAAGUUGACCCAAAUGCCAAAAUCGAAGUUGAAGACCUUUACGUACCAAAAGAUUGCAAGAACAAAACCAAAUCUGGAGACCAAGUAGUUGUCCAUUAUACAGGCUGGAUGGAUGAUGGCUCACUAUUUGAUACGACUAUCGACCAGAGAAAGAACUAUCUCCCAUUUGAGUUUAUCCUCGGGAGUGGCGCCGUCAUUAAAGGUUUCGAGCAGGCUCUUACAGGAAUGUGUAGGUCACAAAGAAGAAAGGUUGUUAUUCCACCAUCACUGGCUUAUGGCAAGAAAGGGACUCCUGAUAUACCAGGAAACACCACCCUGACCUAUGACCUUGAGCUACUUGACGUCCGCAAACCCGCGCCCCACCACGACAUGUUCAGCUACAUGGACAAAAAUGGCGACGAUAAAUUGACACGUGAGGAAGUAUCUAAUUAUAUGCGUAUCCAGGCCGAAGCUCGCUUUGCACCAGUCCACGACGAGCGCUGGCAACAAGAACAUGAGAAGAUGGUAGAUAACGUCUUUGAGCAGGAAGAUCUGGACGAGGAUGGUAUCAUAUCACAUGAGGAGUUUAGUGGACCGAAGAUUGCGAAAAGAUCAAGCCAUGAUGAGUUCUAAAAACCACCUUUGUGGGUUGGCCUGAGGUUUGACCAAUGAAAGUGCGAAAGAUCAAAAGCAGAAAUGGAAUAGAUAAUUCCUUUUUUUUCUUUUUCUCCUUUAGUUAUAAUUUUCAAAUGUAAAUGUUUUUUGCGUUAAACAUCUAUCUUAUUUAUAUUCAUUUUAAUAUUUGAUUUGAUUUUCUUUCUUUUUUUCGGUAAUUGUAUUAAUUAGGAUAACAAAACACAAGAUCCAAAGUACCUCUUGUUUUGGAUUUCAACUUCAUCGUGCCCCUCUCCCCUCCCCAAUGCAUACAUUUCCAUAUAAAAAUAUCCUUACAAAUUCUUUAGCUGUGAUUAAGUCACAAAACUAAAGAUAUUAUCCAAAACCAUUUCCUAGUUCUUGAUUCAAAUGCUUAAAUUUUUUUACACAAUGUAAAGAAAAAAGUUUUGAUUUUAAAAAUAAAAAAAUAAUUGUUUCUAAAGAAUAAAAAUGUAAAAGGUUGAGGAGAAGUACAAAUUAAAAACUGGGCGUUUGGCACGGGAAGAGGAUUGGAGUGAAGGAUUAAAGACAAGAGAUAACAUGGAUGGGAAAUACAUGGGUGAAAAAUCAAGGAAUGAGUGAAAUGUUGAAGUGCAGUGAAUGGGUGGCGGGCAAGACAAGCCUGAGAAGCAAAGGAAAGAGGGAUAUCAAUUGAAGUGAUGACAAGCCAAGCCUUGGAGUGAAGGGAAGAGAUCUAGAAUGAAAGGAUGAAAGAGUUUAGAAAGGGAAGAAUUGGCAAAGCAAGGUCAGGAAAGAAAUUGGGUUCUAUUAUUGAGAGAGAGAGGGAUGUAUUGGCUAUCUGUAAGUCAUGGGCCAAAUAAUAAUUGUGUAAGCAAGGAUAAAAGCAAGGACAAUCAUAUUACGAAUAACUGAGAUAACCGGUGGAAAAAAGAAUGAAUGAAAAAUAAACGAACAAAUGAACCAACAAUAAACAAAAAUUGAAGCAAAGGGUAAACGAACAAGCAUUUGAAUGAAGCAAAGGACAAAGCAACAGAUGGACAAAGGAUCGAAUGACUAAGGGAACAAAAUUAAUGAACURAUGAAAA